GCCCAUGGCAUUCGAAUUUCUUUCUUUUUUUACUAUUUCUUGGACUGAUCCUAAAUGCACACAUUUACCAAAAGCUUGGCGCUAAUCCCGCGGAAUAAUUUGCCUGCUGAAUGCCUGAGUGCCUGGAUGACGCCUAUAUAACGGCUUCUUCGUAUUUCUCUCUCAGUCUGCAUCCUCUUCUUCGGUAGAAACUUCUCUGUCUCCGUUCCCUGUGAUCCCGGGACCCUGCGCUCCUACCUCCAUGGCGUCCAAACUCAAAGAGCGAAAGAGAACCCCUAUCUCUCACAAGGUGAUCGAGAAGCGGCGGAGGGACCGCAUCAACCGCUGCCUGAACGAGCUCGGGAAAACCGUCCCGAUGGCCCUCGCCAAGCAGAGCUCCGGGAAGCUGGAGAAGGCGGAGAUCCUGGAGAUGACAGUCCAGUACCUCCGUGCGCUCCACUCCGCAGACUUCCCCCGCGGGAGGGAAAAAGGCGAGCUGCUGGCAGAGUUCGCCAACUACUUCCACUACGGCUACCACGAGUGCAUGAAGAACCUCGUGCACUACCUUACCACCGAGGACCGCGCCGAGACCAAAGACAUCAAGUACGCGCGCAUCCUCGCCUUCCUGCAGUCCAAGUCCCGUGCGGUCACCGACCCCCUGUUCGGCUCGUGUCCCGCCGGCUCACCGACGACGACGUGCGCCGAGCGUCCCGUGGAGUACCUCGGCGCACUGCACUCGUCCCCGGAGCACCAGGGACACAGCCCGCAGACAGACUCGCUCUACCAACAGAGUCCUCCUCCGGGACACUUCUCGUGGGCACCCUCGGCGCGCAGUCCGACCGUCUCUUACCCGCCCGUGGCCCUCUCGGCGCCCGCGCAGCCGCACGGCGGGUUCCUGCAGCCGGUCCCGGGACUGGACCAUCAUCACCACUACUUCAACUUCCUCAGCCACACGCACGCCGGCGCGUUUACGCUGCACGGUUCCGCGCAGCACGCCAUGUAGAUACCGGCUCGCCUCCUAUCCGUCUUUGUGUCUUUAUUUAAAAAGAAAUGUAUAUAUUUUUUCAUUAUACAAAAAUGAGUGUGAAUAAUAUGUGAAUAUAAUAAAUAU